AUGGAUGAAUCAUACAUACUGUGCGAGUUCGACAAGCUUGUCAAUUCUGGCACAGUCAUAUACAAUGAUAAGGAAGUAAUAAUUGAGCAUAUUGAUGGAGGCCUCAAGUUCCAAUUCUUGCUUACCUCUGCUCUUGCCAAAAAGCCAACAAUUCAAUUGAAUCCAUCGGCGGCAAACGGGAUCGAUGAGCUGGAUCAGAAGAGAGAGGGAAGCGAUAUCAGUACUCAUGGCUUUGAGAUUGGCGAAAUUAGUACGUCCCACUUUCUGGUCGCCAACAGGUUCUGCUGGGCAAGGCCACAUCUCAUGCUCGUAACCUCCGACGGCUAUCGGAGACAAUAUGAGAGUCUCGAUAUCAACGAUAUCAUAUCGGUGUGGUCUCUUUUGUCAACCUUAGACAGGGACUACGUUGCCUUUUACAACUGCGGGCAGGAUGGAGGAUGCAGUCGAUUGCACAAGCACCUGCAGCUGAUUCCAACACCUCCAAACCUCUUUUCGUCCUUUCUUGACUCAAAGGAUGGUGAGCCAGCUCGAGUUCCGUUUGAAUGGUUCUACCGUCGCUUGGAUCCCCAUGACUUGACGCCAGAACGUUUGCUAGAGAUCUAUAAUGAUCUCCUCCAGCAGUCAACCAAGAAAGGGAAAGGUCUCUCUGAGAAUUUUGGCGUGGCUCCACCUAACGCUGCGUGUCCGCACAAUUUUAUUCUCUCAAAACGUUGGAUGGUGGUCCUCCCUAGGCAACGCGCUGCUAUCAAUAAAGAGGCUGGGGUCAAUGCAAUCGGCAUGCUGGGGUAUAUAGUUGUUGCCACCCAGAAAGAGAUCGAUAACUUGAUACGGUUGGGGCUGACUGAUUCUCUACGGGAACUCGGAGUGGCCAGGCAAUAA